GGGCGGGGAGCCACAGGCUUGGUAUGCGUCUUCGGAAACUACCGAUUGGGAAAAACACGCAAUUACUUAUUUCUUGUCAGCGCUCGCCAAAUCAUCUCCAGGCAAAGCAUCUCUGGCAGACUUCUCACAGGGAGCGCUCGCGAUUUCAUGCUCAAUUAUUUUUAGUAUUCGACUAUCAGGAUAUCGAAGAACUCGCGAACCAAAAGCCUAG